GCGCACCGUUUUAAAGUGAAACAAGUUUUCGCGUGUCAACACAUUUUUUGUUUUUCGUUAAGAAUGGGAUCUGAAGGUGCAGGUCAGGUUUUGCUGCCUAUAGAAGCCGAAGGAUGUGUUGAAUCUUUAAAACAGUUCGCUCUUAAAGAUAUUGGGGGACCGCUGUGGUCAGCCCAGCAUGAAGUAUUAGAGAAACUCAAUAUGCAAGCUGUUGUCAAUGCCUCUGCCCAAGAAGAUGAAUUUAUCAAAGAUUUUCUCAUUUCUUGUGAUAAGCUUUCUCUCCUUAUCUAUGAUCUACUGUUGACGGAGGUAUGGAAAGAAAAGAUUUUUACAGAAAUACUGGACACAGAGGGUUUUGAACCCAAAACAACUUUUCCUCUAUAUAUGGCUCUUUAUCAUGAAGCGACAGUUGCAAAUUUAUUGGAGACUACCCUAUUUUAUCGUGAAGUUUGUGAGGCGGCAGAAGAUUCUGUCCUUGACCUUGUAGAUUACUGCUACAGGAAGCUGACACAGCUUGUCGCCAGAAGCGAGGAAAGCCAGGAAGAAAAAGACGAAGAACUGGAUGCCACCCAGUCUGUGUCAGCUAUGGCUAAUGCAUCCAACAUGGAGGAACUGGAAAAGCAAGAUAGAAAAUUGAAUUUUGAGAUCUGUAUAAAGGCAGUGUCCAUGCUUAGAUACAUUGUAGAUCAUCUAGAGGGACUACCAUUGAGUGUUCUGACUAGGAUAUUGAAUACACAUGAUAUACCUAUGUUGCUCCUACAGCUUAUUGAGAGCCCUCCUUGGAGCCACAAGAAAGAUGGUAAAAAUUACAAGUAUAUAGAUGGUAAAUGGACACAAGUAGAUUUUGCAGACAGCUUGAAAAUCACAAAGAUAGAGGGACAGGUGUGGUUGUCCAUUUAUCAGCUGCUGAUGUCACAGGCUUGUCAACAAAAGUAUGAGUUGGACACAUUUAGGAAAAAUACUAUACUAAAGUUAAGAGCAUUUAUGACAGAGCCAAUGCUAGACCAGAUCCCGAUGUUGGGAGAGAUGCAGCGAUACCUCGAACAUCUGUCCAUGAUGGAACCUCCACCACCUAGGAGAGAAGUCAUUCUCGAACAGGUUCCAGAGGUGAGGGAAAGAAUUCUUCAGGCAAAUGAAGGGAAAUGGAGGAAAAUUGCAAAGAAACAAAUGAAAUCUUUCUUUGAUCCUUCGAGAAGUGAUCUCAAAAUGCAAGCGAAGCGAUGGGCAGAUACUUACAACUUUGAUGUAAUUGAGGGGCUUCUGUCAGAUCCACCAAAAUGUGCUAACUGUGGUUUGGAUGCCAGUAAACGUUGUUCACGCUGUCAGAAUGAGUGGUACUGUAGAAGGGAGUGUCAGGUUGAGAAUUGGACCAAGCACAAGAAGGCAUGUGACCUCAUGUACGACUCACUUAAGAAAAUCAAGGAACAGGAACAGAAAUCAGACAGCUAGUCACUGUUGUCACGAAAUAUGAUAUUGGUGCCAGUGUAAUGUCAGUUCUGAAGUGAGAGAAUUGUUGUAAGGGAAAAAUCAUUAUUUGUUACUUUCAUCUGAAGCGCAUUUUGAUUUUGAAACAAGUUUUUGAACUGAAAUUCCUUUAAAAGGUGAAGAUUCUAUCUUUUUAACAUUCAAGGUGUAUGUAUAGUGUAUUUAUAUCAAUUUAUUUAUAUCAUAACUUCCGUCCAGUGUUGUGAGAUUGUAUUGAAGCUACUGUGCAAUCGUUUAAUUUUGUGGGCAUGAACUUUGGUUGCUUCAUCAAAACUUACUAUUUUCGUUGGGACAUGAAUUUGUUGGUUUUAAAUUCAAAGAUACAGUAAUAGAGAUUUUGUUUGUUUGUUUGUUUUGUUGAGGUAGAAGUUUGUGGAUUGACGCAUGAAAAUUGGUCCCUCAUGAUUAUUUAUGAUUUCAAAGAAGUUUUGUUGUUGUAGUUAAUUCAUUUAUUUCUUGUAUUAAAGCUGGGAUUCCUCCAACAUUAUAAGCUUGGAAGUAAAAUGAUUUCAAUUUUGCAAGUGUAACAUUUGAAAGCCCAUUACGAAACAAAACGAAAGUUGAAAAAUGGUUGUUUUGUUGAUUUGAAAUGGUACACAUUUUGAGAUUUACUUUCAGACCUGAUACAAAAUGUACACAGUAUUUAUAAAUUGAUAUUUUGUUAAUACCCAGAAAGUGAUUUGCACCCAAAAACUAAGUGGCAUAUUUCAAUGUAGUAGUAAAUGACUUGUGUAAGACAAGUGACAUGAGAUAACAUUAUCUCACACCUUUACUUUAUUUAGAAUAUUUUACCUCAUAGGUGAGAAAAAGAAGGGCAUGAUUACUCACAAAAACAUCAAAGAAUGCACACAUAAUGAAUUGUGAAAUUCAUAGAACUAUUGAACCAUUUCCAAGAUCUUUUUUACUUACUCAUGACUUAUGUUUACAUAAACAAACAGAUACCUUUUUAGCACGUCUGAUUUUUAAAAAAAAAUCUAUGAGGUAUUGUCGUCACGAGUGUAGGCCAAGAUCCAUAACUCUGAUAUGCAUUUUGUUAGAAUUAUGGCCCUUUUUGUACUUAGAAAAUUUGAGUUUCUUGGUUAAAAUUUUUGUUUAGGUCCACCUUUUCUCAAAAACUAUAAGAGCUACAGCUUUGAAACUUUGCACACUUGUUUAUCAUCAUUAGGGGACUAUAUAGACAAAGAACCAUAACUUUGAUAUUUAUUUUAUCAGAAUUAUUGCCCUUUUUAUACUAAGAAAUUUGAGUUUCUUGGUUAAAAUUUUGUUUAGGUCCACCUUUUCUCAAAAACUAUAAGAGCUACAGCUUUGAAACUUUGCACACUUGUUUAUCAUCAUGAGGGGACUAUGUAGACCAAAAACCAUAACUUUGAUAUUCAUUUUAUCAGAAUUAUGGCCCUUUUUGUACUUAGAAAAUCUGAACUAUAACUCUUUUCUUACAUAUUGUCCAGCACUUGCAUACAAGUGAUGGCACCCGUAGGUGGUGCUCUUGUUUAAGUUAAAACCAUAGAAAAGUUUUUCUUUAACGGAGAAAAGUAUAUUAUAAUUUUUUAAGAAAAAAACUAUUGGAAAAUAUUCACAUAGUAGUUGCUUUUAACACAAGCACUCAAAUGUUCAACAUUUUAAGUUUAAUUUGACUAGAAAUUGUUUUUUACAUUGGCAUAAAACCUACCAAAAAUAACCAAAAAUCCUUUUAAAACAUCAGAAAUUCAGCUAAGUUUCAUUUUGUCAUGCAGUAUUUAUAUUUCAUUAAAAUUUUACAUUCCAAAAUGAUUUCUAUUAUUUGUGGAAAGAUUAUAUCUAUAUUUUAUUUUUGUAAGAUUUGUAAUUUGUUCUUACUGUUGAGAGGAAAUAAAAAAAAACUAAAGUA